AAGCUCAAUCAAGGCCGACCGGACCAGAGCCACGCUUCAAACCCCACACAGUAAAAUCCACAAUUUCAUAAAGCCAAAAGGGCCACUCCUUCCCUUUAAGCCUUAACCACCCAGUUUUCUCAUUCCCCCUCAAGAUUUUUCUCCAUCAGAGGGCGGUGGUGAGCGAACACGAAACCAAGUUUUAUUAACCCCGUCAAACCCAUAAUUUCUUUCUCUAUCUUCUCUUUUUUUUCCUCUCACACGGCCAAAUUGUUAGCUAAUUUGCCGAACCCUUUCAGCCACUCGUUCUAUCUUCCUCUUCUCAACCGUCUCAAGUCUCAACCUUCUUCAAUUUCGGAUUUCGAGCGUUCCCACCGUCUUAAUUUGUGCUAAAAUCCUGUCUUUUGGCCUCUGAUCGUCGGAAUAUCUUCUGGGUUUUGUUCCUAAUUGGAAAUCCGUAAAUGGGUUGAAGAGAAUAUUCGGGCUUUUGGGAGAAAGGAUAAUGGAGUGGGACAGCAAUUCGGAUCUGAGCGGAGACGAGGAGGAGGAGGGCUUCCUACUCAACGAUGGCGGGCCUCUUCCUUUCCCAGUUGAGAACUUGUUCCAAACUGCGCCAUGUGGGUUUGUCGUCACCGAUUCUCUGGAACCCGACCAUCCCAUCAUUUAUGUCAACACCGUCUUCGAAAUGGUUACUGGAUAUCGAGCGGAGGAGGUGCUUGGUCGCAAUUGUCGAUUCUUGCAAUAUAGAGGUCCAUUUUCAAAAAGAAGACACCCACUGGUGGACUCUUCAGUGGUUUCAGAGAUCAGAAGAUGUCUAGAGGACGGCACUGAAUUUCAAGGCGAAUUGUUGAACUUUAGGAAAGAUGGAACCCCAUUGAUGAAUAAAUUGAGGUUAACACCUAUCUAUGGAGAUGAUGAAACGGUAACUCAUGUUAUUGGUAUCCAGUUCUUCACUGAAGCAGAUAUUGAUUUGGGACCAGUGACCAGUUCUACAACAAAGGAGUUAGCUAAAUCAUCUGAUAAGUUUCGUUCUGGCCUUUCAUCUUUUCGCUUCACAUCUGUUGGGGACCGAAAUAUUUGUCGAGGUGUAUGUGGUAUUCUCCAAUUAAGUGAUGAGGUGAUAUCUUUGAAAAUACUCUCACGGUUGACACCCAGAGACAUUGCAUCAGUGGGAUCCGUCUGUAGGCGGUUUUAUGAGCUGACAAAGAAUGAGGAUCUCUGGAGAAUGGUAUGUCAAAAUGCUUGGGGUAGCGAAACAACACGUGUUCUAGAGACUGUACCUGGUGCAAAAACCCUUGGCUGGGGCCGGUUAGCCAGAGAAUUGACAACUCUGGAAGCUUCUGCCUGGAGGAAGCUGACUGUUCGGGGAUCGGUUGAACCCUCAAGAUGCAACUUUAGUGCUUGUGCAGUUGGUAAUAGAGUUGUACUAUUUGGUGGGGAAGGUGUUAAUAUGCAACCAAUGAAUGAUACCUUUGUACUGGAUUUAAAUUCUAGUAACCCAGAGUGGCAGCAUGUUCAAGUUAGUUCUCCACCUCCUGGUAGAUGGGGUCAUACUCUUACUUGUGUAAAUGGUUCUCAUUUAGUGGUUUUUGGAGGCUGUGGAACACAGGGCCUGCUUAAUGAUGUUUUCUUGUUGGAUUUGGAUGCGAAUCCUCCUACCUGGCGUGAAAUAUCUGGAUUGGCUCCUCCGCUCCCGAGAUCAUGGCAUAGCUCCUGCACUCUCGACGGUACCAAGUUGAUAGUCUCUGGUGGUUGUGCAGAUUCUGGAGUACUUCUUAGUGACACUUUUCUGCUUGAUCUCUCAAUGGAGAAACCCAUAUGGAGGGAGAUACCUGUAUCUUGGACUCCUCCAUCUCGGUUGGGGCACACAUUAUCUGUAUAUGGUGGUCGGAAGAUUUUGAUGUUUGGGGGUUUAGCCAAAAGCGGACCUCUUCGGUUUCGAUCAAGUGACGUCUUCACAAUGGAUUUAAGUGAGGAGGAACCAUGUUGGAGAUGCGUGACAGGGAGCGGAGUGCCUGGUGCUGGAAACCCUGGAGGGGUAGCACCUCCACCUAGACUGGACCAUGUUGCUGUGAGCCUCCCAGGUGGCAGAAUAUUGAUCUUUGGCGGGUCAGUUGCUGGUCUUCACUCUGCAUCACAGCUUUAUCUCCUGGAUCCAACAGAGGAGAAACCGACUUGGAGGAUAUUAAAAGUACCUGGGCGGCCUCCGAGGUUCGCAUGGGGACACAGCACUUGUGUCGUCGGGGGAACGAGGGCUAUAGUCCUUGGUGGUCAAACUGGAGAGGAGUGGAUGCUAAGUGAGAUUCAUGAACUAUCAUUGGCCAGUGCUGUCAUCUGAUUGAAGAGAGAGUGAGUGUAGAAUCAUGAAGGAAGCAAGCUAUUGUGGAAGACAAACAAAAACACUUGAAAGAGAGCCAUGAAUUGCAAGCCUGUGGGAUCUUUAUGAGACUGGUGUUGGCAGAAAUGUUGUUGCUCUGGUCAGGACUCUAUAUUAGAUGUUUGUUCCAAAAAGUGUAAGGAAUUGUUCUGACUCAGAAUAAAAACUUUAAAUUCAGUUUCAAACGAGUGACGCCCGAUACCCGGUUCUUGUGUUCUCUGUGAAGUGGUGGGUUUAGCAAGAAUCUUUUCUUCUGUAGUAUAUUCUUCUUCUUCCAUAGUAGUAGGGGUUAGAUUACCUUGAUAGACAGAUAGGUUUAAGGAUAUCUAUAUAAGUAGGCCUAUUCUUAUUACUAUAAGAAUAUUUUGCUCUAAUUCAAGAUUCUAUAUAGGAUUUGGAACAAAAGGGAGUGAGUCCAUGUCUGUCUGUAAUAACUUUCUGCUCAGGUUGGCCAUCUAUUCAUGACCUCAAGAAGAUGUGAAAUACAAGGCAUCAUUAUUGCUGCUGCUUGAGAGCCAAGCCACUGAAGGAAGAAGAUGUAGUAGUAGAAGAAGGCAUCAUCAGAAAACCUUCCUUCUCUUUUCUGUAAAAGUAACACUUGCUCUGCAUUUAUCCUUUAUUUAUAUAUUUUGCUAUCUUUGGUUGGCUUUGUA